AUGAAAGUAAUUGUCCUUGGGGCUGGCCAAGACAUAGGAAGAUCUUGUGUUGUUGUAACGAUCCAGAACAGAUCGAUCAUGUUCGACUGCGGCAUGCACAUGGGCCACUCUGAUCAGAGGAGAUUCCCAGACUUUAAGCUUCUUGGUCCUGGGCCGUACACCGGCUCUAUAGACUGCAUCAUUAUAACACACUUUCACAUGGAUCACUGCGGCGGCCUUCCAUACUUCACGGAAAAGUGCAAAUACACAGGGCCCAUCUACAUGACACAUCCUACUAAAGCUGUUCUUCCGAUCAUUCUACAAGACUACUGCAAAGUGUACAAUGACAGAGACGACUAUACUAAAUUUAAAUACCCUACGUACAACGAAGACGACAUAAAAGAGUGCAUGAAAAAGAUAAUUCCCAUCGCAAUCGAAGAAACCGUUGAAAUAGAAAAAGAUUUUACAAUCACACCGUACUACGCGGGGCACGUUCUGGGAGCAGCUAUGUUUCACGUCAAGGUGGGGGAUGAGUCUGUGGUGUACACCGGUGACUACAAUAUGUCGCCCGACAGACACUUGGAUGCAGCCUGGAUGCCCAAAGUGUACCCCUCUCUUCUGAUCACAGAAAGCACGUACGCUCUCCUUGUCCGAGACUGCAGAAGAGAGAAAGAGAGAGACUUCAUAGAGUCCGUUGUGCAGUGCGUUAAAAAUGGAGGAAAAGUGCUUAUUCCUGUGUUUGCGCUUGGAAGAGCGCACGAGCUGUGUCUUCUUUUGGACACGCACUGGGACAAAAUAGGUCUGCGCACUCCCAUAUACACAUCAGCCACUCUGACGCACAAAGCCAACGAUAUAUACAAACAGUUCAUAGACUACACACACGAGCACAUUCGAAACACGAUGCUUAAAAGGAACCUAUUUGAUUUCCAGCACGUAAAGCAGUUUGAGUCUAACUUUGCAAACCUAGACGAGCCUAUGGUUCUUUUCUCUUCACCAGGCAUGCUGCACUCGGGCCCGAGCCUCUCCAUAUUCAAAAAAUGGUGCGGUGAUCCUAAGAACAUGGUUAUAUUCCCUGGGUACUGUGUGAGGGGAACAAUUGGCGAGAAAGUGCUGAACGGAGCAAAAAAGAUAGAGGUGGGAGGGAUAGUCUACCCCGUGCGAAUGAAGGUAAAAAACAUGCCAUUCAGUGCGCAUGCUGACCAGAAGGGAAUUCUCUCGCUGGUGCAGCAGUGCGAGCCCAACAACAUCGUGCUGGUCCACGGAGACAUCCAGAGAAUGAAAAGAUUGAAACAGAUUCUGGAAACAUCACUCUCCAUUCCGACCCUGCAUCCUCCCAUAGGAGCCACCAUAAACAUUGAGAGACCAAAGCACACAACUGCCAGCAUCACAAAAGAAGCGCUAAAGUCUCUAAAAAGUAGCCAAAACGAAGAAGUAGAGGGAGUGUUAGAAGGAACGAUGGUGAAGGCCAAUGGAAGACCGCAUUUGGUGAUUUCAUCGUGCAGUAAAAAUGUGUUCUACAGUGAAGAGCUCUAG